UAUGAGUGAUUUAGAUUAAUGGAUAGUCAGAUUAAAGAAUUGCCAAUUUCUAACUGAAUUAGAAGUGAUUUAAUUGUGCACUAAAGCAAAAGAAAUACUUAUAUCUGAAAGCAACGUAGAGACUGUCCAUACUCCUGUUACAGUAAUUAUUUUCAUCUUAUUAGGUUUGUGGGGAUAUUCAUGGAUAAUUUCAUGACCUUAUUGAGUUAUUUAAAGUAGGAGGAGAUUGUCCUGACACUAAUUACCUUUUUUUAGGAGAUUUAGUCGAUCGCGGAUUUAAUAGUGUUGAAACAUUUCUUUUACUAUUAGCAUUCAAAGUUCGUUAUCCAGACAGGAUUACCAUGUAAUAGUUUAAAAUAUUUUGAAGCAUAAGAGGAAAUCAUGAAUCAAGGUAAACAACUUAAGUUUACGGAUUUUAUGAUGAAUGUCAACGCAAAUAUGGUUCUGCGAAUGUUUGGAGAUAUUGCACUGAUGUUUUUGAUUAUCUGACAAUAAGUGCAGUAAUCGAAAACAGAGUAUUUUGUGUCCAUGGAGGAUUGUCUCCAAAUAUUGUUGAGAUAGAUGAUGUAAACUUAUGUGAAAUUAUUUUUAAGGUGAAAUCCUUAGAUCGAAAGUAAGAGGUUCCACAUGAAGGAGCUAUGUGUGAUCUAUUGUGGAGUGAUCCAGAAGAUAUAAUUGGAUGGGGAGUUUCUCCAAGGGGAGCUGGAUAUAUAUUUGGAGGUGACAUUACUAAAGAGUUCAAUAAAACUAAUAAUUAUGAUUUCAUAUGUCGAGCUCAUUAACUCGUCUUAGAAGGAUACAAAACAAUGUUUGAUGAUCAACUGAUAACAGUAUGGAGUGCUCCAAAUUACUGUUAUCGUGUCGGAAAUUAAGCCUCAAUCUUAGAGUUAGAUGAUAAUUUAGAAAAAAAAUUCAAAAUUUUCUUAGCAGCAAAUGUGGAAUAAAGAGGUCUGAUUGGAAGGCAUCCUGUGCCUGAUUAUUUCUUGUGA